UCCCCGCUUCUCUUGAAAAGAAGUUAGAAGGCAUAUCUCAAAAAGCGGGAGAGAGAGAACAAGAAAACUAAAAAAAAAAAAAUCAUCGAAUCAUAGCCGUUGAUAUAACUUCUCAUCGCUGAUUCGACACCGUUAGGUCUCAUCAGCGGCGGUAGUUCUCUCUCUCGUUCGUUGCUCCGCCGUCCAUUUCCUCAUCUCCGUAAGUUUCGAGAAGAAAAAGCUAAUUGAAAAAGAAUCUGUCCCGAUGUGAAAAUUAAGAGUUACCAAUUGAGUUCUACUGGGUUGAUUAUGAAAGUUUACAACACCAGCUUUUCCAUUCAAGUUUUGCCAGCGUUUGAGUUUGGCGUCUGCUUGAGAGAAAAGCUCUCUGCUGUCGCCAUCUCCACUGCUGGCACUGAAUUCUAUCGAUUCUCCUCUUCCUUUCACGUGUCUUGAUCCAAAUUGUCUGUAUAUAACUGGAUGGCUGUUGCAGCAUUUAAAGGACUCUUUAAUGGUGAAUGUCGUGGAAAUAAUAGAAUGGAAAGAAAACCUUCUGGAAAAAGACGUGUAUUUGUUCAGACCGAAACUGGCUGUGUUCUGGGUAUAGAGUUAGAUAGGAGUGACAAUGCCCAUACAGUGAAACGGAAGCUACAGCUUGCUCUUAAUGUACCAACAGAGGAGAGGUCUCUCAUAUAUGGGGAUGCGGUGUUGAAGAAUGAUCUAAGUACUGUGAGAAAUGAUGCUCCACUUCUUCUCCAGAGGAACUUCAUGCACAGGAGCUCAUCUACGCCAUGUCUCUCACCUACCGGGAAGGAUCUUCAGCAGAGAGAUCAUAGUGGUCCGAUUGAGAUAUUAGUAUGCUCAAAUCACUUUUCCAGGACAAAGAAACUGGUAAAGGAAAUUGUGAAGGCAAUGAAAAUUGGGAUUGAUCCCAUUCCUGUAUGUGGGGGGCUUGGAGGUGCCUACUAUUUUCGAAAUUGCCAGGGUGAAAAUUGUGCAAUUGUGAAACCAACUGAUGAAGAACCUUAUGCUCCAAACAACCCAAAAGGUUUUGUUGGCAAAGCCCUUGGGCAGCCAGGAUUGAAACGCUCGGUACGUGUAGGGGAGACUGGCUUUAGAGAGGUAGCAGCUUAUCUUCUUGACUAUGAUAAUUUUGCCAAUGUGCCCUCGACUGCUCUUGUGAAGGUCACACACUCUAUUUUUAAUGUCAAUGAUGGAGUGAACAGAAACAAGCAGCAAGAGCGGAAGGAGGUUAGCAAGAUUGCUUCUCUGCAGCAGUUCGUACCUCAUGAUUUCGAUGCCAGUGAUCAUGGGACUUCAAGCUUUCCAGUUGCUGCUGUUCAUAGGAUAGGGAUAUUAGAUAUUCGGAUCUUGAACACUGAUAGGCAUGCUGGAAACCUUCUGGUCAGGAAAAUUGAUGGAGAUGGAGGACUUGGUCAAGUGGAGCUCUUUCCAAUUGAUCAUGGCCUAUGCCUGCCUGAAAACCUGGAGGACCCUUACUUUGAGUGGAUCCAUUGGCCGCAGGCAUCAAUUCCUUUCACAGAUGAUGAGCUUGAAUACAUAUCUCAUCUUGAUCCAUUUCGAGAUUCUGAAAUGCUUAGAAUGGAGCUUCCUAUGAUUCGAGAGGCAUGCCUUCGUGUCUUGAUUGUUUGCACGAUUUUCCUCAAGGAAGCAGCAACUUUCGGUCUGUGUUUAGCUGAGAUUGGUGAGAUGAUGAGCAGGGAAUUUCGAGGUCUGGAGGAGGAGCCAAGUGAGCUUGAGUUCAUAUGUAUUGAAGCGAGGAGAUUGUUAGAAGAGAGGAAUAUGCUUUUUGAUAAUGUGAAAGCUGGAGAAAAUGACUUUCAGUUUGAAAUUGACUGUCAGGAAGAGGAGGUAGAUUUAACUUCUAAUGUAGAAAACAAAUUGGCAUCCCAUGCUUACUGCAGGCCUCUGGGUGGAAAUAUCCGGAAUCCACUUUCCAAGCUAGAUGAGAACAUAGAGGAAUGGACAGAGGAGGAGGAGAAUACUGUACCUCCAAGGUUAGAUGAAUAUGCUUUUUCUGCUCAUGACUGGACUCCAACUGUUCCAAGACUGUCAAUGUCAAUGAAAAAUGUGAGUAUUGGAGAAAAGAGUUGGAGGCAUGAGGGUGCAAUGCAGAAAAGUGGUUAUUUGGCUGGCACAUCAUCUGGAAACAGAAGUGUGAAUGAACAGCUGCCUGGAAGCACCAGUUUUGUGAAAUUGGCUGAUAUCAGUGAAGACGAGUGGGUACAGUAUCUUGAGCAUUUUCAGAGGUUGCUUUACCCAUCAUUUUCUAAUCGUACAUCACUGAGCAUGGGUCAGAGGCAGAGACAGAGGCUCGGAACUUCAUGCCAGUUUUGAGUAGUUAAUAUUUCCAAAUUGUAGAAAUUGGAAAGCCAAGUGUUAGGGCUUGAGGGUUGUUGGAAGCAGCAAGCAGUAUCAUGUGGGUAACUUGAAGGUUUUUCCUGGUAAGGAUGGACUUCAUUGAUGAGUUGGAGUUAUUCUCAUUGGAUUUAUAGUUUUACUUUUAGAUCAUGAAAACUGUGGUCAUUAGCUGCUACAGGUUAGGAUUCCGUUCAAUUUUCUUCCCCUCUUCUAACUAUUUUUCCUUCAACUUUCACUCUUUCGACUUGGGUUGUUUUCCCCACUUGUUUUUAUAUAUAAAUAAUUUGGUUGCGCCGCUUUGUAUCUUAAAGUUUUGAGAAUGCUGAAUGCUGAAUACAAUAAGGAGUUUGCAGGAAAUAAAAUGAAUGUACAUAAUGCUAUGAUAUAGUAGAUUUGGAUUA